UGUGUAUACAGGGAGAGAUGUUUUGCAUGCCAAGUUACUUCCAGGUCCAUCGUUGGUGGGGUUCAGAGCACUCUUAGGUUGCAGGUGAACUAUACAUCCCAGUACUUACAACUCCUAUAAAUCAUGACGAAUCUCCCCAAACCUCUCUCUCCAGUAUGUUCAGUUGCUGAUCCAAUUCCUCUGUUUGCUGUGUGCUGUAGGAAAGAAUAGGAAAGGGUUAAGGGAGAGGCAGUGGGCGGGGUCAUGCUAAUUCUAUUGAGAGAGAUUGAGAAACACUGGGAUGCCUGUGGUGGAGGAAAAACAGAAAAUCUAGGAUGGAAUUGUCCCUGUAUGAAAGCCUUGACUUGGGUGGUGGGCAGGAUGGUGUUUGUGGGGGACAUUGACAGGGCACUUGGACAUGUUCAUGGCAUUUUCUAUAACUGGGGUGUCUGUGGUGGAGGAAAAACAGAAAAUCUAGGAUGGAAUUGUCCCUGUAGGAAAGCCUUGACUUGGGUGGUGGGCAGGAUGGUGUUUGUGGGGGACAUUGGCAGGGCACUUGGACAUGUUCACGGCACUCGCUAUAACUGGGGUGUCUGUGUUGGAGGAAAAACAGAAAAUCUAGGAUGGAAUUGUCCCUGUAUGGAAGUCUUGACUUGGGUUGUGGGCAGGAUGGUGUUUAUGGGGAACAUUGACAGGGCUCUUGGACAUGUUCAUGGCAUGCUCUAUAACUGAGGUGUCUGUGGUGGAGGAAAUACAUGAAAUCUAGGAGGAAAUUGUCUCUGAAACUUGGGUGGUGGGCAGGAUGGUGUUUGUGGGGGACAUUGGCAGGGCUCGUGGACAUGUUCACAGCGCUUUCUAUAACUGGGGUGUCUGUGGUGGAGGAAAUACAUGAAAUCUAGGAGGAAAUUAUCCCUGAAUAUUGAGUGGUGGGCAGGAUGCUGUUUGUGUGGGACAUUGACAGGGCUCUUGGAUAUGUUCACGGCGCUCUCUAUAACUGGAGUGUCUGUGGUGGAGGAAAUACAUGAAAUCUAGGAGGAAAUUAUCCCUGAAACCUGAGUGGUGGGCAGGAUGCUGUUUGUGGGGGACAUUGGCAGGGCUCUUGGACAUGUUCACAGCAUGCGCUAUAACUGGGGUGUCUGUGGUGGAGGAAAUACAUGAAAUCUAGGAGGAAAUUGUCCCUGAAACUUGGGUGGUGGGCAGGAUGGUGUUUGUGGGGGACAUUGACAGGGCUCUUGGACAUGUUCACGGCGCUCUCUAUAACUGGGGUGUCUGUGGUGGAGGAAAUGCAUGCAAUCUAAGAUGAAAUUAUUUUCUUUCCCACCUUGCCCUUUCCCGACACCCACUCCCUGCCCCAUAGACCCCUAGCUAGACCAUGGCCUUGCCCCCUCCAAGGGUCUCUCUCUUCUCGCCCAGCCAGGUGGCCCGGGUCUGCGAGGCCCUGCAGGAGACGGGGGAGUUUGAGCGCCUGGCCCGCCUGCUGUGGUCCCUGCCGCCCUCCCUGGCCUUCCGCCCUCCCGAGGCCCACGCCUGCGGGGCCCACGCCGCCUGCCGUGACCUGGAGAUGCUCGGGGGGCCCCUCCCGGCGGGCGCAUGGCUGGCCCCCUACCACGGCCCGGCCGGCUCCUUCCCCCGGGAGCCCUUGGGGUCUCUGUGCCCGGCUGGGUUCCUGCCAGACCCGCUGCCUCCUCCGGCCCAGAAGAAGACCUCUGCUUUGGCCCAUGACGCCGAGCAGAAGGCCAACGGUUUCAAGGAAAGGACGCGCAACCUGCUCCGGGAAUGGUACCUGCAGGAUCCGUACCCGAACCCUUCCCGCAAGAGGCACCUCGCCCAGGCCACCGGGCUCACUCCCACCCAAGUGGGCAACUGGUUCAAGAACCGCCGGCAGAGAGACCGGGCCGCUUCGGCCAAACACAGGCUGCAAAAGGAGCUGUGCGUCCAGACGAAAGAGCCUCUUCUCCCUUCGCCGGGACCCGAGAGCCUGAGUGACCCUCCUUGCCUUUUGGAGGACGGCAGUGAGCCAAAGGAGGCCACUUCACCCUCCGGCGGAGAGGAAGCAACGAAGAAGAGCUGGGAAGACUGAUCCUCCCGACAAAUGGGUCUCAGCCGAACCAAGAAACGAUGUGGCCGGAGAGUGUGGGGACUGAGGAAUGGGUCUCGAAGGGGUGCGUCAGGAUCCUGCCCCCCUUUCGGCAUCAAGAAUGGGAUGAAAACGUUGUGACGAAUGACCGGUUUGGAUGGAGUGCAUUGAAGGGGGGGUGUUAGGAAGGGAGAGAGGGCAUCGGGUGCUGUGGUUUGGCCUUGAGUUGCUGGCCACUGUCUCAUAAGUGUGUUGACUUAUCUACAUAAUGCAUUUACAAGGUGCCUCAGCACAACACUAGUGAGCAGCCAACGAAAGUCAUAGUAAGAUCGAGAGUGCUGUGUAUGUAUGCCUUGAUAUAUCAAGCCUGGAUACAAGGGACAUUUAUUAAAGAUCUCCCCUGACGCACUUCUAGUUAUCACAGGACGCCGAAACUGCACACGUGUCACGAUAUACAUCUCUAUAGGUGACAUGCCAAUUGACAACUUGGAACGCAUCACGGUCUUGAUUUUUCAGCGGAAGUGGGGUGAGGCUUGAGAAUGGACCCAGUGAGUGGGAUAUAGAUCAGGCACCAAGUCACUUGACAACAAAGGAGACGUUCGUUUAUUCGAUGGGAUGACUGAGGUUCAUGGUGAUGUUUCCCCAUCAUUUGACAUAGUCAAGAACUGGCGUCGGACUCCAAUUCCAUGGCGAACGUCGUCACGUAAGUCACCCUUCACCACCGAGUCCAAAAUGUCAAGACGAGUGUGGGGUAAAAAAGCCACCCAAGACCAUCUUCACGUGCAUACGGGAUCUGUCUUGAUUUCCCUGUAAUAUUUCGCUGGGUUAGAAACAAACUGCCACGUCUUCAAAUCCACCGCUCGGCUUUUUUCAGAGAGCUUUUUAUAGAGGACGGCUUUGUGUCGGAAGGUGUCCCUUGCUUGACGGGCUGUCGAGCCCGAGUCUAAGAAAAGCGAGCUCCGUUGGCGGGCAGCAGAUGGAGCGCAGACCGAACACAACCCGAAUCGCAGCUCGUUCCAACUCACGGAAGAGAUUUCAGUCGAAAUGAUCAAUUAUCCGUUCAUCAGCAUAUGCACUUUUGGGCAAAGUGAGCUGCGGUAUCUAUAGCCACCAAGAUAGGACCUCUCUCUCUUUCUCUCUCUCUCUCGUUCUCUGCCGCUUUAAUUAAAACUCAGCCCUGUCCCAUUAAUCUGCUAAGCCAGUUAAGGCGCAAAAGGCUCUUUGGUGCCACGAGGGAACCCAGAUGGAAUAUUUGGGGGACACGUUUGGAUUCAAAGAGGGUUCAAAACCAGGCACGUCACUCUGUGAGAGCCAUGGAUAUAAACAUGGGUUGCUGUGAGUUUUCUGGGCUAUGUUCUGGAAGCAUUCUCUCCUGACGUUUCGCCCACAUCUAUGGCAGGCAUCCUCAGAGGUUGUGAGGUCUGUUGACACUUAGGCAAGUAGUGUAUAUAUUUCUGGACCUUGGGUUGCUGUGUUUUCCGGGCUGUCUGGACAUGUUCGAGAAGCAUUCUCUCCUGACGUUUCGCCCACAUCUAUGGCAGGCAUCCUCAGAGGUUGUGAGGUCUGUUGACAAUUAGGCAAGUAGUGUAUAUAUUUCUGGACCUUGGGUUACUGUGAGUUUUCCAGGCUGUCUGGACAUGUUCGAGAAGCAUUCUCUCCUGACGUUUCGCCCACAUCUAUGGCAGGCAUCCUCAGAGGUUGUGAGGUCUGUUGACAAUUAGGCAAGUAGUGUAUAUAUUUCUGGACCUUGGGUUACUGUGAGUUUUCCAGGCUGUCUGGACAUGUUCGAGAAGCAUUCUCUCCUGACGUUUCACACACAUCUGUGGCAGGCAUCCUCAGAGGUUGUGAGGUCUGUUGACAAUUAGGCAAGUAGUGUAUAUAUUUCUGGACCUUGGGUUACUGUGAGUUUUCCGGGCUGUCUGGACAUGUUCGAGAAGCAUUCUCUCCUGAUGUUUCGCCCACAUCUAUGGCUGGCAUCCUCAGAGGUUGUGAGGUCUGUUGGAAACUCGGCAAGUGGGGUUUAUAUUUCUGGACCUUGGGUUGCUGUGAGUUUUCACGGACCUCGCAGCCUCUGAGGAUGCCUGCCAUUGAACAUGUUUUCAAUGUUUUUAUAUUGUUGUUGUAUGCUUUGUCUUGAUGUAUUUAUUGCUGUGUUUGGAUUUGUUUUUAUAGUUGUAUUUUUGUAUUAUUUCGGCAUGGUCCCUUUGUAAGCUGCCCCCAGUCCCCUUGAGGAGAUGGGGCGGGAUAUAAGAAUAAAGUAUUAUUAUUAUUAUUGACACAACGACAUUGUAUGACACAGCAAACAAGAUAGAUAUUUCACAAAAUCACAAGUCGAACACUUCCCAAGUGUCUAGGACUGUGUGAUGUAUUUUCGGAUGAUGCGUGCAGAUCCCAGUCGGGUGGCCUUUUGCAGUUGGUAGAUCGUAAUUUUGUCAAUGUCUAUUGUUUCCAAAUGCCGGCUGAGAUCUUUUGGCACGGCACCCAGUGUGCCCAUCACCACCAGGACCACCUGCACUGGUUUCUGUCAGAGUCUUUGAAGUUCAAUCUUGAGGUCCUGAUAGCGGCUGCGUUUUUCCUGUUUUUUUUCGUCAAUGCGACUGUCACCUGGGAUGGCAACAUCAAUGAUCCAAACCUUUUUCUUUUCCACAACUGUGAUGUCUGGUGUGUUGUGUUCCAGAACUUUGUCAGUCUGGAUUCGGAAGUCCCACAGUAUCUUUGCAUGCUCAUUUUCCAAUACUUUUGCAGGUUUGUGAUCCCACCAGUUCUUUGCUGCUGGGAGGUGGUACUUGAGGCAUAAGUUCCAAUGAAUCAUUUGGGCCACAUAGUUGUGCCUCUGUUUGUAGUCUGUCUGUGCGAUUUUCUUACAGCAGCUGAGGAUAUGAUCCAUGGUUUCGUCGGUUUCCUUGCACAGUCUGCACUUUGGUUCAUCAGCUGAUUUUUCAAUCUUGGCCUGAAUUGCCUUUGUCCUGAUGUCUUGCUCCUGGGCUGCAAGGAUCAGGCCUUCUGUCUCCUUCUUCAGGGUCCCAUUCGUGAGCCAGAGCCAGGUCUUCUCCUUAUCAGAUUUUCCUUCAAUUUUGGAACUUUCCAUACAAUGUUUUGUUGUGCCAGCUGUCAGCUCUAGUUUGUAGUGCGGUUUUCUUGUACUGGGUUUUUGUCUUCUAUUAUUAUUAUUAUUGAUGUGUGAGAAGCCUCAGGAGAGAAUGCUUCCGGAACACAGACAGCCCAGAAAACUCACAGCAACCCAGAACAAUUUUUAAUGGAGACACAAGGAUUGUGGAUAUGAGGUCUGACUUAAAAAUCCCCAACCUGGUGAGCCAUCGCCAAGUCUCCUUGUCAGCUUUUCCUUCAAUUUUGGAACUUUCCAUGCAAUGUUUUGUUGUGCCAGCUGUCAGCUCUAGUUUGUAGUGCGGUUUUCUUGUACUGUUUUUUUUUUGGUCUGCUAUUAUUAUUAUUAUAGAUGUGUGAGAAGCGUUAGGAGAGAAUGCUUCCGGAACAUAGAGAGCCCAGAAAACUCACAGCAACCCAGAACAAAUUUGAAUCGAGACCCAAGGAUAUGAGGUCUGACUUUAAAAUCCCCAACCUCAAAGCCACAAGUGCUCCUGGGAUGCCCUUCCCAUUAUUGAGUGUACUAUUUAGGCCCAGGUAGCCACCAGCCGGGAUUCACGUGGAUGGCGAGAGGCGCAAAGGAACGGCGGGGAGCACCUGCUUUGUGCUGCCUCGGCUCUGCCUCCAUCUCCACCUCUCCCGGCAACGGUCUCCAUGGCAACGCGGGAAGGAUGCGGGUGCUCCAGGCGCGGAGGAUGGAUGGACGGAUGGAUGGAGGGGACCGGGCGGCCGCCACUAGCCGAGGGGAAGCGACUUACUUCCAGACGAUUGACUCCAUCUGCUUGGUGCCCGGCAGCAGUGGCACCUCCGUUUGGCAGCUGCGGAACCAAGCAAGCGAUGUGAUCCUGCUGUAAAAUAUUGAUCCAAACUCCAUAAUAAAACCCAACAAUAUUCA